AAUUCUGAGUUUUAACAGCCAAGCAUCCAGUAGAAAAAGAAACGCUACCCAUUUUUAGUUUUUACUGUGGCCUCACAAUCACACACUUCACCUCACUGCUCAUUCUCCGCUCGUACAUUAUAUUAUCUCUGUGAUUGCUCACUCCUACAUUAUUUUUUAAAUCUUGCUUUCAGCAUUACCAUUUUUUGAGGUUUUUGCCGGACGGGACAACCACCAGUUGUUGCGCUUAUCUGAAGAUUUUCAGAGGGAUAGAGAGAGAGAGAGAGAGAGAGAGAGAGAGAGAGCAAGCUUGUGAGCUCAGAAUCUUUUGAGCUAGCUUAUACUCGAUUUCAAAGCUGAAGUGUACUGUAAUAAGGUGCUUUUCAGUUAUUUACAGAUUUGUGAUCUGAGUUUUUCUCAGGAUUAUCAGCAUUGCUCAAAUCUUCAUUCUUCCUUCUUCGCAUUUAACCGUCUUCUCAUUGUCUCUGCGUGAUUUGCUGUUACAUCUGCGGACUCGAUCUUGUUCAUGUUUGGUACUUACUAAGGCCAAAGUAUCUGCAUUGGUGUGCGCUUGUGGCAGGUGUCCUCCAUAAGAGAGCGUGAUGGGUUCUAGAUUCCCAUCUCACCAGCUCAGCAAUGGGCUAUACGUGUCAGGACGGCCUGAGCAGCCAAAAGAAAGGACACCAACAAUGAGUUUUGUUGCCAUGCCUUAUACUGGUGGCGACAUCAAGAAGUCUGGAGAACUUGGGAAAAUGUUUGAUAUCCCUGUGGAUGGCUCAAAGUCAAGGAAAUCGGGACCUAUAACUAGUGCUCCUUCAAGAACUGGAUCAUUUGCGGGAAAUGUUUCACAUUCAGGACCUAUAAAUCCUAAUGCUGUUGCCAGGGCCAGUCACUCAACCUCAGGUCUUGUUUCAUCAAUGAUGGUGACUGGUUCAGCUUCAAUGAAGAAAUCAACUUCUGGCCCUCUUAACAGGCAUGGGGAACCUAUAAAAAGGUCAUCUGGACCUCAAUCGAGCAUAGCAACUGGCCGCCAAUCAGGACCUCAACUGCCAGUUCUCCCAACAACUGGUCUUAUUACUUCUGGCCCCAUCUCUUCUGGCCCACUGAAUUCUUCUGGGGCACCAAGAAAGGUCUCUGGUCCAUUGGAAACAAUGGGUUCUAUGAAAAAGCCUGGUCCUGGUACUGUUAACAACCACGCUGUGACAACUCUUAGCCAACAUGAUGAAUUCUCCUUCAGGAGAAACUUCCCAAAACCUAUCUUAUGGGCAAUGAUUUUGCUAUUUGUCAUGGGCUUCAUCGCGGGUGGGUUUAUUCUAGGUGCAGUGCACAAUGCUGUGCUGCUAGUGGUUGUCAUAGUUCUAUUUGGCAUUCUUACCGUCCUCUUUACAUGGAAUUCUUGCUGGGGAAAAAAAGCUAUUAUAGGUUUCAUUGCUAGAUAUCCAGAUGCUGAAUUAAGAACUGCAAAAAAUGGAGAAUAUGUCAAGGUUUCUGGGGUGGUGACCUGCGGGAACUUUCCUCUUGAAUCAUCCUUCCAAAGGGUUCCUAGGUGUGUCUAUACAUCUUCAAGUUUGUACGAGUAUCGAGGUUGGGGUUCCAAAGCUGCAAAUCCAACACAUCGUCGUUUUACAUGGGGACUCAGAUCAUCAGAAAAGCAUGUAGUCGACUUCUACAUCUCCGAUUUUCAGUCUGGAUUGAGAGCGUUGGUUAAGACUGGGUAUGGAGCAAAGGUCACACCUUAUGUGGAGGAAUCUGUGGUUGUAGAUGUCAACCCUUUGAACAAGGAUUUAUCUCCUGACUUCAUCCGGUGGUUGCGAGAGAGGAAUCUUUCAAGCGAUGACCGCACAAUGCGAUUGAAGGAAGGGUAUAUCAAAGAAGGAAGCACAGUGAGUGUAAUGGGGGUGGUGCACAGGACUGAGAAUGUGCUUAUGAUUGUGCCUCCCCCAGAACCAGAGCCAUUAACAACAGGAUGCCAGUGGAUGAAAUGCAUCUUUCCAGCUAGCCUUGAGGGGAUUAUUUUGAGGUGUGAUGACGCGUCGAAAGCUGAUGUCAUACCUGUUUGAUUCUCAGUAUCCAGUGUAAAAUUCAAUUUUUUCUGUGAUUUGUGCUGUGAUAGUUGUGUGGUUGCAGUAUAUAUAGUGAUAAUGACACUAUGGUAGUAUGCAAUUGAUGAUGAUGCAUGCUUAAGGAUGGUAGAACAUUGCUUGUUUGAACAUAGUGGAUGAAUAUCUAAUUUCUGUAUAGCUCAAGUAGGGUUUUUGUCAUCUAUGUUUACUCUCAAAACAUUUAUGAUUUUGUAAUGGUCAUUUUUUUUUUGGAAUGCAAAAUUCUUACCAGUUGAACA